CUCUCUACGACAUCUGAGAUCGCCGCGAAGAUCGCUGGGUUGGAUCCGAGUGACACACGUCUGCCGGAAAUGGCGGCAAAUUGGUCUUGAGAACCCCUUUCUUUGGAGUAACAUCAUCACAAACAUGGGCAAAACAUGGAUACAGGAGACGUUACGGCGCUCCAAAUCCUCUCUGAUCACCAUUCGCAGGGCCACUCAGAGGGAAAACAUAUCCCUCGAAAACCUCCCUGUAUCGCAGCAUCUAAGCCAUCUUCAAUACCUCUACAUCAAUGCUGGCCAGAUCCCCAUACAUAUGCUCGCCCAAACACUCAAAGAUCCUGCUCCAUUCUUACAAGUACUGGAGCUCACAUGCAUCGAACAAUACAGGACGCGCGCCAUAGCUCUUCCUCUCGACAUGUUUGCGAAUCAGCUCCCCCGUCUGCGCUCCCUUGAACUUGUCAACCUUAGCUUUCCUUGGGCGACCACGCCUCUGAUCGCGCUCGUGCAUCUGAAAAUUGUUCUGCCUCAGAGGGACUCUGCUCCCAAUCCCACAGAUCCCGUCCCCCCUGGUGUCCAACCUCGCCCUCCACUCGCCCUCGCGGACUUCCUCGACGCUCUCGAGCAUAUGACUUUACUCGAAACAAUGGAAAUAUUGGAUGGACUUCCGACCCCGCCAUCGGGAAACUUACAUGCCCCGGCGGUGGAUCAUAUCAUUCGGUUACCACGUUUGACAUCGAUCAUACUAAAGGGGUUGGCUAUCGACUGCUACAAUCUGGUUCGCUGUCUCCAAAUCCCUCCCACUGCUC